AUGUCUAAUAAAAACUUAUCAAAUGAUGACUUUAGAAAGUUGGUAAACUCCUCCUCUACUCCUAAAUCAUAUGGUGGUGGAAGGCGAUGGAAUAACAAUAACAACGAUUCUUCGUCGUCAUAUUCGUCGUCAUCAACGACUACUGCUGCUACUGCAACAACACAAUUAGAAGAUGAUGGUAGUGUUUAUAGAGAUAGAGCUGAAGAACGUAGAAAAGAAUACUCUAGGUCAAAUGAACAACAACAACAACAACAACCAACAAUGGUAAAAGGACUUGAUAGAUCUCUUUUACAAAGAACAAGAGCUGAAUUGGAACAACAAAAACAAUUAAAGGAAGAUGAUCGUAUUGACAAAUCAAAUCAUCAUCACCAAGAUGAUAAAGAAAGAGAUGUAGUACCUCAACCUCAACAACAACCAAAAAAAGAUAUAAAGACAAUAUCAGAUAUUGGUAAAUCGAUUCACAAUACAAUGAUGUAUAUUGAAAUGAAAAAGAAAUCAUUGAAACAACAACAACAAGAGAGAAAGGGUGGUUUACAAACAGAGAUAUUCCUCCCCGGGAGAAUGUGCUAUCAAUUCGACUUGGAUCCUCAAUUUUCACAAACUAUACCGACUACCAUCGUCAUGAGCAAGGACGAUAGUGCCACUACUACAACCUUUUCAGCACGUGAAAGACAACAAAAGGAAAGGUUGUCUGCUCGUAUCGAUCCAAUCAUGAUGAAAAAGUUUAUAAGAUUAUUUAAUCCAUCAGCUGCAAAAGAACAAGAUGAACAAGACUUAAAAACUGGAAUCAAGUCAACAACUAUAUCGGCGACCACGGCAAAGACUACGAUCAAUACUACACAUAUUGAUGAUGAUAAUGAUGAUAUAUUUUCAGAUUGUGAUGAUUAUAAACCACAAUUACCAAAUACUACUACUAGUCAAUCAACUAGUACGAUUGCCAAGAAAUCAUAUUUUGUACAUACUGAAGAAGAAGAUAAAUUAAAACAAACCUUUAAACCAAUGACUAGAGAAGAAGAAGAAGAUUAUGAAAAGGGAAGAAAAGGUAUUGAAAAAAGAGAAGAACAGGAGGAAGGAGAAGAUAAUCAAGGAGAAGAGCAAGGACCUUCAAUGCCAUCAAAUUAUCAAGGUGGUUAUUAUGAUGACAACGAUGAUCAAUAUGAAGAAGAUGAAUAUGAAUACCCAGAUACAGAUCAAAAUUAUAAAGAAGAACCAAUUAUGAUGCCAUCGCCUCCAUCAUCAGAUGAUGAUAUGGAUGAUCAAUAUGACGAUGUUAGCGAAUCACUCAAACGAAAAUUACAAGAGGCAGACAAGGAUAGUCAAGAUAUCAUUGGUUACGAUUCAUUUGGAGGAUUUGAUAGAAAGUUUGGUGAAAGAGCCAAAGAUAUGGAUUUAAUGCUUUCAUCCAUUCAAAAGGAUGAUGGAAAAUCUGGUGGUGGUGGCAAUGCCCAAAAGAAACAAAGAUUUGGUGGAGAAGCUGGAGAGAAAAAGAGAAAGGAUAAUAGAAAGUUACAAAAACAAAUGGCAGGAAUCGAUAAAAUAAUGAAAGCAAAGGCUGAUGCUGAUGGUACAGUUCAUAAAAGUUUAAUUGAAAAGAAAGGAAAGAAAUAA